AGAAGGGGAACUUCUUUCGUUUCCUCAAGAUACAUUUUUGCCGGGAUUCGGUGAGUUAGCCGCUCCGCUCCUGCCGUCGAGGCGAUGGCGACCCGCGCAUCCAUGAUGCAGACCAUACCCACGGAUAUCAAAGUGGGCGUGAGGGUUCAGGUGCUUGGGAAGCUGAUGGGCACAGUGAAGUUCGCGGGGGUGACGAAGUUUGCUGCCGGGCCAUGGGUUGGUGUGGAGCUGGACGCACCGGAAGGCAAGAACGAUGGCACUGUCCAGGGUGAAAGGUACUUCGAUUGCAAACCAGGACAUGGCAUCUUCGCGAGGCCCAACUCGGUGAGGCCUGAACCGGCUUUGAACGCUUUCGCCAUGCCUGGCGAAAUGCCACAGACGCCUGAAAGUGCCCAGGAGGCACCAGGCAGUCCCGACUCCCCGGCUCAGUCGGCUCCUUCAAUCAACUGGACGCGCCGGCAGAGUGCAGAGCAUGACCUCAGGCAGGAUAUUUGUGUGGACGAGCGUGUGGACUUGAUGAGCAUCCUGGGCGAUUGCGCGGACGACGUGCAGGCGAUGACCGAGGCUGUGGAUAAACUGGCUGCAUCCAUGCAGGCUGCUCCCGUUGCGACGGCGUCAGAGAAGCUGUCACCAGAAGAGGAGGCUUGGCUCAGCGACUUCACCGAGCAGUUCGAGAGGAAGUUCGAGGAGAAGUUGGUCGCCUUGCUCGAUGCAAAGGUGUCCGCACUCGUCAAGGACAUUCCUUCGACCUAGGACCAGGACAUUUGGAUCCCUCUUGUUCUCUCAUCGGCUUGCUUACUUGUUGCAUUCGAGCAAAAUCGGCUGGUUGCGAGCUAGCCUCACCCCAAGUUGACUGGGCGUGGCGCUUUUCACUCCUUCAGCUGUACAAAUCGCAGGCUUGUAGGAAGUGCUCUGC